AUGUUCCGACUACUACUACCGUAUGACAACAAUGGCCACUACCGCAUCAUCAUCAAACAGAAGAAGAAGAAGGAGAAGGGAGACAAGUACGAGGACGUUCUCAAUAGCGAACAUUUCCGUCGUGCCAUGGCGGACAUCCUGGGGGAGCAGCUAGUUCUACAUUGGGAGAUGAUGAGAACAAGUGCCUUGUACAAAGCUUCCCAUGACUGCAUGCAUGAGAAGUUAAAGAGUAUUGUGGACACAUUUCUGCCUCCGGAGUAUGGCAUCUGCAUCCCCAGCAUGGAACUCUACGUGGAAAAGUCAACCCCAACACCUGAAGCAGCAGCACUCACAGCAUCCAUACUCAAAGCAGCCCAAAAAGCAGCAGCACCAUACCACAGUGCGUCAGCAGCAGCAGAAGCAGCACCCAUACUAACAACAACACCCUCAGAAGCAGUGAAAGCAGCACAACAACUCGACUCAGCACUAUGGACAGCGAUACUAGCAUCAGCCGCAGCAACACCUGCAGCCAUAGAAGCAGCAGCAGUAGCACUCGUUGAAAUAGUAACCUCACAUGCACCCUUGCUGCAGCAGUACUCAUCGCAGACAACACCAUCAACAACACCCGUAGCAGCAGCAGAAGCAGCCACCACACAGGAAGAAGAAGAUGCAGCUGCAGACGCAGCAACAACACCCUCACUAAAAGUAUUCAUCAAUGCACUACAAAUGGCGCAAUGCGUGGCAGGUGUGAGGGCAUCGAAGGGGACACCCCGAGAAGCAGCAGCAACAAAAAAAUUCGCCUCAGCACUAUCCUGGGCGGCAGCAACAGCCACAGCCGCCACACCCACAGCAGUAGAAGCAGCAACAGCUGCACUCGUCGCCGUAGUAACAGGAGUAACUUCAGCGCAGUCAUCAUCACCACCACCUUCACCAUCACCGAUGGACACCUCAGAUGCUGCAGCAUCCACACCAAAACCAGUGGCAGCAGCAAUGGUAGCAGCAGUGGCACCAGCAGUGGCAGACACCACCCCCACAGCCAUAGAAGCACCAGUAGCAACACCCUCACCAACAGAACUCUUCGAUGCGCUCCACGCAGCAGCAGAAGCAGCCGCAGCAGCAACAACACCCUCACCAACAGCAGCAGCACCAGAACUCAUCUCAGCACUAUACAGAGCGGCAGUAGCAGCCGCAGCAGCAACACCUUCACCAACAGAAGCAGCAGCCACAGAAGCACUCGUUGCAACAUUGAGCAGGCUACCUGUGUGA